UACACACAACCAUCACACAACCCUUAUGUUUGUUUGGUUUGAAAUUUGAAUAGGUUUGAAUUUGAAUUAAUUUUACGUUAAUUAUUAAUUAAAACUGAAAUAAUUCUUUUACUACAACGUGUAAUCAUAAAGAAUUUAAGACCAGUGCUUCGUUAAUCAUGCGAGAUGUGAUGUGAACUUUGUGAAGAGGAAUUCUCCUCGUUUUCUUUACAUCUUGUAAUCAACUCACAACAUGGCUGCAUAUGAGGUUCAAAUUACCCAAAAUACUUCGGUAUUAAGUAAUAUCGAAACGUUCAUGCAAGAUGCCGCAUAUCGUGAAAUGAUAGAAAAUUCGGCUACGUACAACACCAGAUUAUGUAUAGAGAGAAAACUUCGAAUGCCAUUCUUGGAUGCCCAAACGGGUGUGGCUCAAAACCAUUCUAAUUUAUUUAUGAACGACCGCCAACGAAUGCCCGGAUUGCAAGAUGGCCAAGUUUUUUCCUAUCCUGCUAAGCGAUGGAGGAAAAAACGUCGUCAGUAUUUAAUGCAUUUUCUUCAACCGAAGCGUAAGGAAAACGGAGAUUUAGAAACAGGAGAUAGCCAUGUUGCUAAUAGCGCCGAAAACACUUCUGUCAUUUUGAACGAAGAUAGUAAGGAUAGUGUUGGCGGAAGUUCUUCGAAAGAUGAACCGGUCUCGAAGGAUGCGUGGUAUUACGAUGAUAUUGAAAUGCAGGAAAUCGAAGGAUACGACGAACCUGAUCCCGACUCUGAUUACGACUACGAGGAUACUUAUGCUAAAAAACGCAAACGACGGUCGACAAAAAACUCCCGAGGCGGCGUCUCCGAUUCCCCGAUGCGAAAAGGCAUCAAGGGUUUUGGAAGAGGCCGCCGAAGAGGAAUUAAUUACACACCAGAUUAUAGCGUUGAUUCGGAUAAACCUUAUAAUUGCGAUUUAUGUGGAGCACGAUACAAAACGCGUCCCGGACUUACGUACCACUACACCCAUUCGCAUAAAGAGAAAGCAUCCCAAGAAGACGAAGGUAGCUUAGAAGGAGCACCAGGAUCACCUAGUAUGUCGCGAGAUGGCAAAGUACCGCCACCGAACGUACUGGCUAUGUCGAAAGAGAAUCCUAUGGGAGUUGGACCCGGUGGCGGGCCUCCUAUGCCGAUGAAUGCUGGUCCUCCUAUGCAUAUGCCACCUCAUCCAGAUGCCGGUCAAGGUCCAGGCGGUUGGGGCAAAUUCCAGGAUAGCUAUUUGACCUUUCUGAAUGCGGCUCCAGGAUCAUCAAACGCAGGUGCUGGUCCCGGCCCUGGCCCAGGUCCAGGUCCAGUUCCAGGCCAAGGUCCGAAUACCAAUCCGAAGAAAAUGUCUCGUUAUCCGCAGCCACAAGUGAUUCUUCCACAGAUGUCUAAUGUAUCUCAGCCACAUAACAAUGGGCCUCCAGGAGUACCUGGUAUGUCAUCUCUUGUACCACCAGGAGCGAAUCCUGAAGAUGAAUCAUCAUCAGAGUCGGCUGGAAAAGAAGACAUGUCCAAGGAUUCGUCUCCAGCUUCAGUAUUGAAAGUAGGCGAUGAGAAAGAAAAGGCUAAACCAUCACCGUAUUGUGAUUUUUGUUUGGGCAACGAAGAAUCCAACAAGAAGUCCGGUCAACCUGAAGAACUCGUGUCAUGCUCUGAUUGUGGACGAUCUGGUCAUCCAACGUGUCUGCAAUUUACACCGAAUAUGAUCAUAUCGGUGAGGAAGUACCGAUGGCAGUGUAUUGAAUGCAAAUGUUGCUCAAUUUGUGGCACUUCUGAUAAUGAUGAUCAACUGUUGUUCUGUGAUGAUUGCGACAGAGGUUAUCACAUGUAUUGUUUGGCUCCUCCAUUAUCAGCGCCUCCUGAAGGGUCUUGGAGUUGCAAAUUAUGUAUCGAAGAGUUCCAUUCGAAAUAAAACUCAGCUCCUUCCCUACUAGCCUUUCUUCAUUGGUGGUUUUUUGAAGAAAUUUCGCGUGUGUUUAUGUCUAUUUAUUUAUGUAUAUGGCGCUUCUAAAAUCCAUUCUUUUAUUUUCCGGUGAAGCAUUUAUUUAGAUUUUAAGAUACUCGGACCUGAUUCGCCUCAUUUCUUAUUCUUAGUUUGUUUUUGUCUCUGAUUCUGUUAUCUAUGAAAUUUGGAAAUAACUCUUCUCUUACUCAGUAUUUUUUUUUCAUUUGGUGAAUUCUCCGAUUGCUUGGCAAUUAUUGAUGUUGUGAUCCUUGAAUGUGAUUUUUAGUUAUGACAUAGAUUUUAUACUAUCAAAUCAUCUGCCAAGUACAUACUAUAGUAUGUACCUACAUAUUUAUUGGUCUUGCUGUGGAUCAGUCAUUCGUUGUAAUGAAAUUAAGUUUCUCAGUUUUGAAGAAGUUUGCAUUAAUGAAAUGCCAUCAUUCUGCAGUAGCAGCUUAGUGCGGUAAACGCAAGAAAUCCCUUUCCUGUAUUCAUGUCAACGCUACUUGCGCAACAAAUUCUUUCCUGACCUCCAUGUCACAGCUUGAUGCUCGCGCAUACCACGGCGCAUGCGCACAAAUUUCUUUCUGUUCCCAUGUAAUGCGCAAUGUGCACUGCGCAACGACUUCCUUCUUUCCUUCCUCGCCAAAUUCUGUGGCGCCAUCUUUGAAUUACCUCCAUAACUACGCUAUAAACCACAUUUUUGGGGGCAAAAUUUUGAGCAAGGGUGGAUUUUAGUCAUCUAAUGUUAUAAAUUAAUUUAUGGUUGUGCUUAAUUAGCAGUAUACGUAUCGUUAGUAAUAAUAACUAAUUAAUCAGCUGGUAGUUACCAUAUUUAUCGGCUAGAAUUUGAAGUUGACCAAAUUACUCACUCUGCAUUUGAACUCUGGUUUGAUUUUGUGUCAAAUACUGAAUUAAUAUCGAAGUACCUACCUGCUCCAUCUACUAUGUUAAAUUGAUCUACUAACAAAAAUUCUCUAUACUCUCCAGAAUCAUUUAAAAAUGGAUACUUUUUUCCAUUUUCAAUAAACGUUUAAAUGAAACAUUCCAAAACAAUCCGUAGCCUAAUUUUAGCAGAACCAAAAUUUACAAACUGAGCGUUUUGCUGGCACAUUUGAUGAAAUGGUCGCAUGCAAAAUGGGUUUUGAAUACUGGACUGAGUUAUUGUAGCGUCUCUGCAAAGUACUUACCUACUAUAUUUUUAUUAAUUUUUUUUUUUUAAUAGCUGUACUUUUGUAACGAUUAUUAAGGUAUUUUAGUUUCCUCAAUAAAAUUGAAGAUGAUUAUUCUUGUCGCGGCAAAUGUUACGCGACUCAGGAAUGUAAUUAGGAUUAAGUGAGUUUUUCCCCCUCUGUGACUAAUCUGAUUUUAAGUAUCAGAGUCUUUUUUUUGUAUUUAGUAUUUGUGCGAUUGAAUCGUGUAAUUUAGUUUUAUAAUUAAUAAAGAUUGCAUUGUGAUUGUA